GCUGGCUGGCUCAUAGCCCUCCGAGGAGUGACCUGGAAGACUGAGCCCAAUGCCAGGAACUGCUGGCCAGGUUGCAGCUUCUCAGCUGUGGAGUUCUCACCAGCACCACCCCUGGGAUGGCCAAACUGACACGUUUCCCUAGAUACCAGGAAGCUUACAAAAGUCUGAGAAUUAUAAGAAGCCUGAGGGUGAGGGCCCUGAGGCACCCUGCGAAGAUGGAGAUCACUGGAAGGCUGUUCAUCUGGGCUAUUUUAGCUGUCUCCUGUGGGGCACAGCUGAAUUCUACAGAGGCUGAAGGCAAAUCAAGAUGCACAGCCAGUCUGGGAGGGGCCAAUCUGGGAGAGACCCAUAAAGCCCUGGUCCUACAGCUCAGUGAGAAUGAGAACUGCACUUGGACCAUAGAGAGGCCUGAAAACAGGAGCAUCAGAAUCAUCUUCUCCUACAUCAAGUUGGAUCCAGGCAGCAGUUGUGAAACUGAAAACAUUAAGGUGUUUGAUGGAAGCUCCACCAGUGGGCCUCUGCUAGGGAAGGCCUGCAGCAGAAAUGAUUUCGUGCCUGUGUUCGAAUCAUCAUCCAAUUCGAUGACAUUUCAGAUAGUCACUGGCUUGAAAAAGUUCCCAAGGAGUGUCUUUAUCUUUUACUAUUUUUUCUCCUCUGCUACCAUUAUUCCAAACUGCGGUGGUGACCUGCGAGCAUUGGAAGGAUCCUUCAGCAGCCCCAAUUAUCCAAAGCCGCACCCUGAGCUGGCAUAUUGUGUCUGGCACAUACAAGUGGAGAAAGGCUAUAAGAUACAAUUGAAGUUUACAGAUCUCUUACUAGAGAUGGAUGAAAACUGCAAGUUUGAUUUCAUCGCAGUCUACGAUGGCCCCUCCACCACAGCAGGCCUGCUCAAACAGCUCUGCGGCCGCGGGAAACCUACCUUAGAAUCUUCCUCUGACGCCAUGACUGUCGUGCUAUCUACAGAUUAUGCCAAUUCCUACAAAGGCUUUUCUGCUUCCUACACUUCAAUUUACAUCCACGAUGUCAACACUACAUCUUUAAGUUGUGCUUCUGACAAGAUGAGAGUCAUCAUAAGCAAAUCAUACCUGCCGGCACUCAACUACAGUGAGAGCAAUUUGCAGCUAAAUGACCCAACUUGCAGGCCUAAUGUAUCGAAUGUCAUAGAGUUCUCUAUCCCUCUGCACGAAUGCGGUACAGUCAAAAAGAUAGAGGGCCACGCGAUCAGCUAUACCAACAGGAUCACCUUCAUCGAGUCUCCGGUUUCUGCUGUGAUCACCCGACAGAAGCUCCUCCAGAUCGUGGUGACCUGUGAGAUGGAGUAUAACUCUACCGUGGAGAUUAUGUACAUAACUGAAGACGACAUCAUACAGAAUCAGAGUGUCCUGGGCAAAUACAACACCAGCCUGGCUCUCUAUGAGUCCGACUCCUUUGAAAACCUCGUACAGGAGUCACCAUAUUAUGUAGACUUGAACCAGACUCUUUUUGUCCAAGCCACCUUGCACACCCUGGACCCAAGCCUGGUGGUGUUCCUGGAUACUUGCAGAGCCUCGCCUACAUCUGACUUUGCAUCUCCAACCUACGACUUAAUCAGCAACGGAUGUUGUCGAGAUGAGACCUGUAAGGUGUAUCCCUUAUUUGGGCACCAUGGAAGGUUCCAGUUUAAUGCCUUUAAAUUCCUGAAACAUUUGAACUCUGUGUAUCUCAAGUGUAAGAUUUUGAUCUGUGAUAACAAUGACCAAACGUCUCGCUGCAACCAAGGCUGUGUCCCGAGAAGGAAACGAGAUAUUCCUUCCUACAAAUGGAAGACUGACUCUGUUAUAGGACCGAUUCGCCUGAAGAGGGACCGAAGCGCAAGUAGAGAUUCAGGAUUUCUGCCUCAAAUACAUGAAGCAGAAAUUUCAAACCAGCCCCUCAGUCGUCUGUACCUGUUUUCCUUCAUGGUUCUUGCUCUAAAUGUGGUGAUUGUGGCUAUAACCACAGUGAAGCAUUUCCUAAAUCGGUGGAUGGAGCACAGAUACCAGAAGCUGCAGGUCUACUAGCUGUGGACCCCAAGAAAGGCCUCUUGUCUUCUCCUGGGUGCCUGAUGAAACAGCUUCCUGUGCCUACAAGGGUUCGGAAUAAACCAGGAAGGCCUAAAAAGCAACAUGUGGACCAUCAUGUUCAAAUCACAGCGACAGUGUGUUUCAUUAUGGAAUAGCUGAAAUGAAUAAAUAGUACGUCUGGUCA